CGUUACCCAACCAUAUACUAUAAAAAUAAAGAAUGUAGAUAUCUACUACGAUUCUAUAGUUGUACUAACAGUGAGAAAACGGAUCAAUUAACAAAAUAGAUUUAAAUUUUCAAUAAUGUCGGACAAGAAAACAGUAGAAUUGUAUUACGAUGUACUAUCUCCAUAUUCUUGGUUUGGUUUUGAGAUUCUGGAACGUUAUGUAUCUAAAUGGAAGAAGAUGGACCUAAAAUUGAAACCGGUCUCAUUGGGUGAUAUAAUGAAGGCGUCAGAUAACCAGCCUCCAGGUGUUAAUCCAAUCAAAAUGCAAUACAUAGGAAAAGAUCUAAUGAGACUCGCUAAACACACUCAAAUACCAAUGAAAAUUCCUUCUAACCCAGAAGAGGUGAUAUUUAAAAAAGGUUCAAAGUCAGCCAUGUUGUUUGUAACAGCAGUAGAUAUAGAUUACCCAGAAUACACCGAGGAACUUUCCCGCCAGUUUUGGAUGAGAGUUUGGAGCAGAGAUGAAGGAAUAACAGAAGAUGCACAUUUCACACAGGCAGCAAAGAAGGCAGGAAUGAAAGAUGACAUCAUCAAAAAAGCAUUAAAAAGAUCAAAAGACAAAGAUGUUGCUGACAGACUGCAAGCUUUUGCUGAUGAAGCACGGGCUAAUGGGGCAUUUGGGGCACCAACAAUGAUAGUCCAUGUAAAUGGUGAAAAAGAAAUGUUAUUUGGUUCAGAUAGAUUUAAUAUUCUAGCUGAAAUGUUGGGUGAGAAAUAUGAUGGACCACAGAAUCAAUUAUCAAAGAAUAAAGCGUAAGACGACCAUGUCGUAGUAGAUUUAUAUCUAGCAUGACAAAUAUUUACAUUAUAGUAUUUAUUCAUUGUACUGGUAACUUAUUUCAUUGUUGUAUAUACUGUCAUUAAAAUGUUUUUCACUUGGA